CCUACAUAGGCGACAGUAAGACCCAGUGGAAGCCGCGAGCACCUAUCAGAGAACGACAUGACAACCGCGACACACUGACGGUACACAUUCACGUCCACUCAGUGCACCUCAGGAACACACAUUACAGAUCCCGUGAAGCGCUAGAGAUGCUGAAAGUGACUGUAACCGCCUCUCGCGCCGCUCCUGAAUACUGGAUCGACGGAUCCAAGAAAGAGACGCUGGCCGACUUCUAUGAGCUCGAGUCUGAACUGGGACGGGGAGCCACAUCAGUGGUGUUCAGAUGCCGACAGAAAGACACCCAGAAACACUAUGCUGUGAAGAUGCUGAAGAAAACAGUUGACAAGAAGAUUGUACGAACGGAGAUAGGUGUAUUACUGCGCCUCUCUCAUCCAAAUAUAAUAAAACUGAAGGAGAUCUUCGAGACCCCUGCGGAGAUUAGCCUUGUGUUAGAACUUGUUACCGGCGGAGAAUUAUUUGACAGGGUGGUGGAGAAGGGCUACUACAGUGAACGAGAUGCAGCUGAUGCUGUUAAACAAGUCCUUGAGGCAGUUGCGUACCUGCAUGAGAACGGCAUAGUGCACAGAGACCUGAAACCUGAGAACCUCCUGUACGCCACCACAGCGCCAGAUGCGCCGCUCAAAAUAGCUGAUUUUGGUUUGUCAAAAAUUGUGGAUGAUCAGGUUACUAUGAAGACCGUGUGCGGGACUCCAGGCUAUUGUGCUCCUGAGAUUUUGCGGGGAUGUGCCUAUGGCUCUGAGGUUGACAUGUGGUCUGUGGGAGUUAUCACGUACAUUUUGUUAUGUGGUUUUGAGCCCUUUUUUGAUGACAGAGGAGACCAGUACAUGUUUAAACGCAUCUUGAACUGUGAAUAUGAAUUUGUCUCCCCCUGGUGGGAUAAUGUUUCUCUCAACGCCAAGGACCUGGUAAAGAAACUGAUUGUCCAGGAUCCAAAGAAACGGCUGACGACACAGCAGGCCCUGCAGCACCCCUGGGUCACUGGAAAGGCUGUUAACUUCACCCAUAUGGACACAGCACAGAAGAAACUCCAGGAGUUCAAUGCUCGAAGAAAGCUCAAGGCAGCGGUCAAAGCGGUGGUGGCCUCAACUCGACUGGGCAGCGCAGGAAGCCACGGCAGCACAGACAACAACAAGACUGACUGCAGCCACUCCAUCCAGCAGAAGACAGCAGAAGUUCAGCCAGACACUGUACAACCUCAAAUUCAGAAUGAAGGCUCUUAGAUUUCCACACUGGAACUGGAAUUAGAAAUGUAACUACUUCCCUUCAUGAAAGGAACUCAUUGCUUUUCGCAGUGGGCCUCAUAAAGGACUGAACUGGUGAACUUUGUCUGGUACUUCUGCAUGCAGACUGUUUGUCUAUGGAAAAGUUCCACAUUGUGACUCAGCCAAAUGCCAUACCAUGCCAACAUUUGAUAAAUACUUAACUUUGGAUUUUUUUUACAGUGAAUGAAUACAUUCAUCUAUUGUGGGUGGCAAUGACAAGAACUGAAUGUCAUUAGAUUAUGCGAUCAUUACAUCUAAGAUGGGGUUCAAAAGUCGGAAACCACGCUGGAAAUCUGGGAUUUUUUCAUGUCUAAACAUGGUAAUAAACAAAGUUUUAGGAUUUUGAAAAUGUAAAAAAAGUUAUGACAUAAAAUGCUAUUAUUUAUAAUGCUAUAUUUUUGAUUCUGCAAUAUUUCUACGUCACUAAUCAGAUGUAAGCAAAUUUGUGAUACUGAACAUGUUAACUGCUUUGUCAGAAUUCCUUGCUUCCAUUAAAACACACAAGAUGCUCUUUGGAAUAUUGGCGUUUUAUUUUCACUCAAAUUGUUAUGCUAAUAAUUUAUAAUUAUUAUUUUAUAUGAAACACUUUAUAUUAAAUUAGAAAAUGCAAAGUGCAAACAUUUUCACUAGACUGGUCUCAGACCCUUGGACCCCAAUGUUUGUUCAUCCAGAUUUAUUUCAUCAUGCUCUUGAUAAUAUCAACAUCUUAUCAUAAAGGUGAAGUACUCUAUGGACAUUAAGCUCUUUAAUUGUAUAAAUUACAUUUGUGAUGCUUUUUAUUGAAAUUAUUUUAUUUGUUCAGGUUUUAUGCAAUAUUUAAAGAUAAACAAACAGAUGUAAGAAUUUCCAUGUGGACAUUUAAUUGAACAUAAGCUUCAGCUGAGAAUAUAGAGGGCCAAAUUACUCAAAAAUAAAUAUUUAAAUAAAUGA